GAAAUCCUUCUUCGGAGCUUCUGGGAAAGCAGAUCGGUGUGACAUGCUUAAAUGUCAGAGACCAAGCACUAAAUUUGCAGGUUUGGCAAAGCACUGUAUACACAGGAUAUGAGCAGUUUGCCUGGUAUGAAGAGUGAAGAAAGUGCAGCAGCUGCAGCGGACAUCACGAGGUUGCUUACAGCAGCUGUGGAACAUCUGCCUUGCAGCAUGUGGCCGUCGCAUCAUGGUCAGUCCCGGUGUUCUUUGAGAUACACAAAGGGUCUCGCACGGGGAAACAAGUCAACGCGUGAGUAGUAGUAUGUUUCUACAGCGUUAAUGCCUGUUCCCCAACAGAUCGGUUAGCAUACAAUUGUAAUGCAGGGAUGGGCUGGCGAUACGAUAUGUGGCAACAGCAUACAGUGGCCUCACGACGACAGCCAAUCGUAGCCCGGUUAAAGUACCCCAAUUCCAAGUUGAUUCGUUUGGUCCACAUCCCACAAUUAAUGCGGUUGAAUAUGCACUAUUUUCAGACAGUUUCUCAAUGCGAUGUCGCCUGCUAGCGACGUCGGUGAGAAGCGGAAGUGUUGAGGUUUUCAGGGCUGGGUAAAACGAGUACAGGAAAGCUGGAGGUCGAGGCCACAGUGGGACCAAGACCAGCUUUGGGCUAUCGUAUGUGUCUUCUCAUUCAAUUGCUAGUUUUCCCGCUGGAAUUUGAAAAACACACGCAUUCAGCAUGACAGUUGUCCCUCAGUUCCACACUCACUUCGAAACACACAUCGAUCUUACGUAGCAGUCCUCAGUAUUCCGCAGCAACAUAACAAUACCAGAUAUGUUAUCUGACCAUGGGUGGUGCCAGCAUUAUAGAAACGGCAAGACUGUGCGGUGUAACGUGGCUAUGUGAAGUAAUAGAGAGACGCCACACACAUCAUUACGCCACGCGGUCUUUCAUCGGCCCUACUGCAGACCAUGUAGGGAAUUAAGAAAAUGAGAUCUAACAGACGCCUUUAACUCGGAAACUCUGUUGCUCCGGUGUCCAAGAGCAGCUAUCUUAUGAGGUCGGGGACAUUUCUUUGCAAAUCUGGUCUGCCACGAUGCCAGAUGCCAGUAAACGCGUAUGGUCAACAGCCAUAUCCCCUCGUCCCAAUUCUUGGAGGCUGCCGCGUACGAAAUUUAAGACACUGCUAAGAGUCAAGCGAUGCAGAGUACGCAUCUAUAUCGGUGUAAGACCUACAAUGGGUUUCACGCUUUGAAAAACCUCAUUUCUUCACUUAUUUUGAGUAGCGUUCGUCUCUGUAGACGAUCCCGAGGAUUCUUUUUCCCAGCGUGUUGCACCACAGGGGACCUGCAUGCAACCAUCCCGUCCAUUCCUUGCAUGCAGACUUGGCCACCGCACUCUGAAUGAUCCUCGGACGUUGCACUUUCAGAUAGAUAACGGCGUACCCAGAUCAUUUGGUCGCUGAAACUGAAACAUGAGUGACCAGAAAACAUUUGCUGGUGCUUUGUGUUGGAUCUACUUGAAAUGUAGCGGACCGCAGGUGCCAGCAAACUACCGGCCAGACACAGCUUACAACGGUGUUUCACCAGUUUACAGGCCAUAAGGCGACAACCUGUUACCUAUACGGGGUUCAUGCCUUGAAUCAGUUGAUCUGUCACCAUUCAGAAGGGCUGAUUUUGUUUCGUUUAUGGUCUUCAGUCCUCGUACGUGCAGCUCAGCGCUAGAAAGCGAGGCUGUUGUGGCGGCAUGCGUAUUCCGAGGCCUACGGUUCGUGAGUGAACAUCUUACAGGUGCGUGAAAGAUAGGAUCAAAUUCCAUAUUUAUGCUCAAUGUUCUGCUCCACUGUAGCCACUCUUCAAGGCCUUUCCCGGCCAAGUGGGCAUUUCUGGGUGGAGACACGUAAGGCGUUGUGUCGUCGUCUUCUUGCGCGGAAGGGAACAGACAGACUGCUUUGCUGCCAGCAUGAACCCCAGUUCUCCUCAGAGGCAGGAGCCCAUGGAAGCCUCUCCAUUCCUUCGGACCUAAGAGCUAGAAUUAGCUGCGGUGACGACUCUCUUUGCGAGUCACCAUGCCUUCUCGAGCUGUAUUCGGGAUUCGGGCAUCAAGGCGUGGCGGCGGCUGAGCUGCCCCCGGUGUCCCCCACUUCAGUUGGCGUUGAGAAGAAAAGGAAAAUAAGCUGUGGUGGCCGUUCCCACUCUUCCGAUCGGCACAUGGCUUGCCUUUCUUUACGUGAAGGCCCUUCUCCGGGCACUGGAUCCGUCAGACGCAUGCAGUCGAGCGGAACCGUAAGAUCUACUGGACACCCGGCGAUUUGUGGUGGUGCAGCUGUCUCAAUCCCAGACGGACAUGGUGACUGUUUGAUGCACCAUCAAUUUCUGAGAGAUUCCAGGCGGUCUGAGAGGAAACGUUUCCUAGUGUUCGAAGGCCGUAAUCGCUGCAACGAAACUGCACUCGCUUCUAGGGUGACCAUGAAUGCAUCAGCACUGUCUUCUUCUGGGCAGCUGAACACAGGUGACCCAUUUCCACACCUUUCGUGGAGGAUCUUUUCUGUCCGGACUGUCGCCUUUUCUGGCGUCCGUCGUUUCUCAUGGCGCGCUGUAUCUUGUGCCAGGAGCACGACGUCGAACGACCGGUCAGUUACGGAAUUUGAUGUGCACAACUCCGACUCUCCAUGUAACCGAGGAUGGUCCACGCGUUUGGAACAAUGUUCUCCUAGCGUUUUUGGCCACCUCGUCUCCCCGUCGGAUUUGGAUGUUUCCAAGCUGCUAUCCUGUAGAGCCCUUGGCUCUGCAACUUCCCACCUCGUGCGGUCGCCGUCUGCGAGCUCCGCAGACCUUGACCGCUUCCAUCACCUUUACCACGGUCACACUGACGCCUCUGCGUUUUUCCUUUCUCCGUUUUUUUCCGACUUUAAGACGCAGUCGUCGAUGUUGCGCAGUUAUCUGAGUCCAAUCCCGUUUGACGGUGAAGUGUUAAGCAACGUGGGGGUGCGGUGGGCGAAUGGUAAGAAUUGUGCGACUGAGGCUAUUCCAGAGGCAGAUAAGAUGCCACGUUUGCCCCCGGGAGGGAUGAUUCCACCGCUGCCGCCUGGUGGAACCGAGCCACUUUUGCCGCCUGGAGGGACUUUGCCACUUGUGCCACCCGGAGGUCCUCCGCUUCCGCUUUUACUGCGAUGGCGGCCGAAGAAAAGUUACAAAAAGAGGACGAUGGGGUUGCCGUCGACGAAAGCGCGCAGACGGUGGGCGCAAAUGCGGCGGUGAAGAGCAUGUCGGUUUGUUGCCUGUGUGGAAACGGCUUCGCGAGGCUAGAGUGCGGGCUCUUCAUCCGGUCUGUCGCGAUGCCUAUCGCAGGGAGUGCCAGGAACGGAGUCGCUCUGUAUCUCAAAGUCUGCUGUCGCAUCUGUCACAUGAUGCUUGUUCGCAGUUUCAUCUGACGUCUUGGGCAUUUGACACGGACGUCGGGACAACAAAUAGACGUUGGAAACCCAAAUUUUUUUAGCCGAUCAAGUGGUUGUGGCAUCACUUCACAGUGGAGAUAUUUCUAGAAAGGAGGGCAGCUAGUUUUUGCUCAAUUGAUGGGGGGGCCUAGUCACAGUUGUGGAAGAAUGGCGACCGCAUGUAGCGCGGAAUACCCGCCACACUUCGAGCAGGCUGCAAGACUGUUACGGAUCAAAUAAUCAUUCUGACAUUUUGUCAAAGCCGACCACGCGGAAAAUCUCAUUGUUGUUUGGCUGGAACAAGAGUCAACAGGACGCAAGUGUCCCCUACUCAGUAGGAGUGUCUUUGACAUUAAGUUACUGGAUAGAGGAUGCAUUUUCAUCCAGAAACUCGUCUGCCUAUGACCACCGCACACACUAGGUGCCAUCUUGUUUUAAGGUGUCUGUUUAACUGUAGCAGCCAGAUAGCGUCUUCGUGGGCAUGUUGCUGUAGCGUUUGCGCGACGGCGACAUUAUAACGUCCUUAUGUAGUUAAACAGGACGCCCACGGUCGAAACAGGCACUUUUCAAUACAAACGCUUCCUUCGCUCGCACUCGGUGCAACCGUAGGUCUGCCGCGACUGCCUUUCUUUGUCGGUGGUCGAGUCAGACCAGUUUUGAUUACUCUCUGCGCAAGUCAACGUCAGCGAUACGGCUAUCGUGAAUUUUGCUGAUGAUGUGCAUCAAGGAGGCGGGUCGGGUAGAAGUCGAUUGUUAUUGGAUGAAACUGGAUUACUUCUUUGAAUGGCAAUCCUCCUAAGAGAUUUGUGAGACUGCAGCAGCCGACACACCUUUCACUAAGGUGCCGCAAGUAUGGCAACCUGAAACGGAUUGAACAACGGUUUUUAUGUUCUCCCUCUUUACUCCAUGAGACUGGCGAACAUGGUGGAGGGGGUGGGCCCACAAGAACCAGAAAGGAGAAAAACAUGGGA